AUGUUUCCCACGCGAGCUCUGUUGGGCCGCUCGGUCUGGAAAGGUAAGAUAUUUCUCAAAGCGAUUGACUCUCUUCCAAGUGCUAACAUCGUCUUGCCAGGCCCGAACCUCGUCCCUCUUGCUUUGCCUCGAACUCUCCCCGCUCCCCCGAACACACCUCCGAUCCGCACCCAGAAGCGCGCCGCAACCAUCCUGCCUAACUUCGUGGGUCUGCGCUUUGCUGUCCACAAUGGCAAGACCUACCAGGAGGUCUUGAUUACCGAGGAGAUGGUCGGACGCAAGCUUGGUGAAUAUGUUGCGUAUGUCUUCCCCGCCGAGUGCUCUCGCGGCUUGGAUCUCCGACGUGGAUUCGGUCUUGAUCCUGUAUCGUCCACAUGA